AUGGGUGGCUCACAAACCUCCCAGGACGACGGCUAUGCGUUGGCAUGGCCACGAUCUCAGCGCUGGAAUCCAAGCUACAGUGUCCCAAGAAACUCACUGGAACGGUCGCUUUCUGCGAAUCUCGCUCUGCAAAACGGCCCCAAGUCAGUGCCUCGCAACGCCGCUGCGACUUCUUUGGGCUCCGUUAGCCAUCAAAACACCCUUGUGCAGAGUACCGAUAGAGCAAGCUCCGAGGCCUCUGUGGAAUUACCAGAAGCGGAUGAGAAAGAAACACCAGACGACUUGUCCAAUUUAUCGCAUUGGCUGGAGACUCUUUCUGAGCUGUACAUGAACAACCUGGAUAACCGCGCCAGAUGGGAUCCUCGAUGGCUGAACGUCACACAUCGUGAGCGCUACAGUGGUCUAUCAUCUUCCCAAGUUACUGUCGUUGACUACGUUUCUGAUCAGCCUACCGGCACCGUGGCAACAGCGACAACAAAACAACAUCUCGCAGGAUUAUUACAACAUCAGCCAGAAACAUGCCAGCUUCGAGUAAUUAUGAUGACAGACCUCAGCCGCUUCACUAUGGGCGCAAUUGGACAAACAUACAACGUGGAUCCCGAGUUUUGGUUUGAGCAUCUAGCCAAUUCUGGGUACGCCGCAAGCGAUAGUCAGCUCAAAGUGAACAAUGCCCUCUGGAUGAACUGGAGCGAGCAAGAAACGCGAUUCCGGCAUCGUCCUCUGCCGGGAACUGGCCAGCGCACCGAGUGGAAUGUUCCGCGCCGUGUCAAGUCGCGGCCGUGGGUACACUUGAAGUGGGCGAGAUUGGGUCUCAUGCAUUACCUGGGCAAGAAGGGAUUCAACGAAGCAGAAAUUGAGGUAAGGCUCCACGAUGGGCGGUGGCUUGCAGAGCGAGACGUUGUUUUGGACAAAUGGGGCCGGUACAUGACGACGCAAAAAUUGGCAAAGGCCAAGCUUCUUGCCGAUGCAAAGCGCAAGAAGAAGCAGAGGAAACAAAAAGGACACUACCCAUCAGUGGAGGAUCCGUCGACGGAUGCAGCUUUGACCCCGUCAAAGGAACUGAUUCCUUCUUUAACUUUCAUGCCCCGAGCCAUGGAGAUUGAAAGCUACUCGGAGGAGGAGCUCUGGCGCAGUGCCGGUCCUGAAGAGACGUAUCUGGACCCCCCGCCGCCACCCCUUACCAAUAAGCAAAUCAAGGCACAAAAGAAGGAGAUUACGAAGCAAAACUUGAAGAAGAAACGAGACUCGUUACGGAAUCGAUUCAGGAGAAGGAGAAUCGACUUUGAUGCGUCUCUUGAUGAAGAGUCGGCUGAGCAAGACCAGAGUGAUUCUGAAUCAUCUUAUACAAGCGACGACGACUACGAUGACGACUACGAGAAGCAGCUGCGAGAAGAGUAUGAGAACCCAAAGCCGUACUCGAGAGAUCGUGCCUUUGCGAGAAAAUACAGCUUGUCGACGCAAGAGCUGGUUCUUCGCCGCUUGCGUACGCUGUCGACUGCCGAGAUUACCAAGGACGACGGCGACGGCGACGCCUUGGUGUCGUCUCUGCUCACCAGCAUUGUUCUGGAUGACUUUUGGCGACUGCUGGCGGAGAUGAGGGCCGAGCUCGACCAUCUCGACGGUGAUUUCAGCGGCUCCCUCUUCUCGCAGCUGGUAGAGUCGUUUGGCAAUUCCGUUCGCCAGAACCUGUCCUGGCUGCGGUGCAGCUUGCAGGAACUGAGCGAGUGGGCUGUGCACCUGCAGACGUCGUCUGCCAAGGCGGCCUCAUCGUCGUCUGAUGCCGCCAUUGCCGAGGAGCUCGAGAUGCUGAUUCAAGACGUGCAGGCACUGCAGCGCCGAGCAGAGUCGACGCUCAACGUGCUCGCGUCGUCCAUGGGCCUCUCGCAGUCGUCCCUCGUCAUUGACCAGACGUCGGGCAUCAACAAGCUCACCGAGCUGGCCUUUUUCUUUGUGCCUUUAUCCUUUAUCACGUCCGUCUUUUCCAUGCAGGUCAAGGAGCUGACGUCGGCGCCACCGCGCAUGUGGACAUGGGGUCUGGCGCUCAGCCUCGUGUUCCUGGCCACGUACCUGAUGCGCAUCCUCUUGCGCUCGCCGUCUGUCCGCAUCGGCAUCCUGCACUGCCGCGCCACCAUCAUCAACCGCUUCUCGUCGUCCAAGUCGAGCUCGGCCGAGCAGCGCCUCAACACGGUCGGCAGCCGCGCCGUCGCCAAAUUCAUCUUUUACUUUGCCUGCAUCAUUGUCAUUUACAUGGGCCUCGCCGCCCUUGCCAUUGCUUUUUUACUCGUCGUGUAUCUCGGACUGUGGCUCGGCGCGGCGGGCGCCGCCUUGUACUUUAUCGUCACGAAAUGGCCAGACCCGGCCGUGCUGGCGCCGUGCUUUGUGGCCUUGCCGGUGGCGGCUGCGGGCUUGUGGGUGUCUUGGCUGUGGGCGGACGAGACGACUGAGUGGACGACGGACGUCAUGAUGAAGGUUGCCGAUGGUCUGGCGGCAAAGUUUCCGGAGAAGUGGCGGCUGGAUAGUGUCGAUGAUGAAGAUUUAUCACGCGAGGGUGUGAAUACGUACGCCAGGCAGGCAAUCACUUUGGCUACUUGA